AUGCAGACAAACUUUCUUUCCCAGCAAUAUAAUGCUGGUCCUUUGGCAGAAAACUCCACGGCUUGUCCAGCAAAUGCUACUAUUUGUGAUGGCACAUCUUGUGUAUUACCAGAAGAUAAUUUUAAUCAAACUUUGAGCGUAAUUUUAAGUACUGUGCUAACAAUCAUGCUGGCUUUGGUGAUGUUCUCCAUGGGCUGCAAUGUGGAACUUAAGAAUUUUUUGGGUCACUUAAGAAGACCCUGGGGUAUAUUUGUGGGUUUCCUUUGCCAGUUUGGAAUAAUGCCUCUCACAGCCUUCUUGCUCUCUUUGGCCUUUAACAUCCUUCCUAUUCAAGCUGUCGUGGUGCUGAUCAUGGGAUGCUGUCCAGGGGGCACAGCCUCGAAUGUCAUCGCCUACUGGGUGGACGGAGACAUGGACCUAAGUAUCAGCAUGACAACUUGCUCCACAUUGCUUGCAAUGGGAAUGAUGCCACUUUGUCUCCUUAUUUACACCAAGAUGUGGACUGAUUCAAAUGCAAUUGUACUCCCCUAUGACAGCAUUGGAAUAUCUUUGGUAGCUCUUGUAAUUCCCAUUUCAUUUGGAAUAUUUGUCAACCACAAGUGGCCUAGUAAAGCGAAAAUCAUACUUAAGAUUGGUUCCAUUGUGGGAGCAGUGCUUAUCGUACUCAUUGCUGUGGUUGGGGGAAUACUCUACAAAGGCUCCUGGAUUAUCACACCAAAAUUAUGGAUCAUUGGCACCAUAUUUCCAGCGGCUGGCUAUACUUUAGGAUUCUUUCUGGCUCGUGUAGCUGGUCUGUCUUGGCACAGAUGUCGUACAGUGUCUCUGGAAACAGGCAUGCAAAACACUCAGCUGUGUUCAACUAUAGUACAGCUCUCAUUCACUCCUGAACAACUGGAACUGAUGUUUACUUUCCCACUCAUCUACAGCAUUUUCCAGCUGACGUUUGCACUACUAAUUUUAGGAGGCUAUCGUCUAUACAGAAGACACUAUGUCAAAACAAAGACAGAUGUUGAGAAAACAGCACAAAAAGAGGAUUCAAAAUCAAGUGCUAUAAUAAAUGGAGGAUUUGUAUCAGAUGAGAUGAAAUAG